AUGGUCAUUGAUACGCCAGUUUCAAGAGUUUUCCCGUCGGAUCAGAGGUUGGAGAAGUUGCGAGUGGUGGUGCACGACUUCCUAUCGCAACCACAUCAGCUAGCUCAUCAGUGGCGGGUACUUCUGGGAAUUUUAUCUUCUCUAGAGAAGCUGGUCCCUCAUGGGCGACUUCAUAAGGGUUCCUCUGUUUCUGGAGAUGAGAGAAGAUCUUCAUUGGUGGUUGAACAACUGGAAUCUCUUGAAGGGUGUUCCUCUGCGUUCUCUUCCCCGGACUUCUUUCUUGUUUCAGACACCUCCCUCGAAAGUGAGGCAGUUGUUCCAAGGAAAGGCAAGGCUCCAGGCAUGAAAAUUUUUCAUCGUUUUCAUUUCUCAUCGCAGCUGAAAAGAAUGUCUGUAAUAACAGGUUACACCCAGUCUGGUUCAGCUGAUGUAUUAUAUUUAGCCACUGUUAAAGGAGCACCAGAGACAUUAAGGCCAAUGUUUUCAACUCUUCCACCAAACUAUGACAGUAUAUACUUAGAGUUGUCUCGACGUGGGGCUCGUGUUUUGGCUCUUGGCAGAAAGGAGCUUGGAAAAUUAUCUCAUGCAGAAGUUCGUGAAACAUCACGUGAAAAAUUGGAAUGUGACCUGACCUUCGCUGGAUUUAUAAUAAUAUCAUGCCCGUUAAAGAGAGAUUCAAAAGAAGUCAUAAAGGAAAUACUUCAAAGUUCUCAUGCAGCUGUUAUGAUUACCGGAGAUAACUCUUUGACUGCUUGUCAUGUAGCCAAGGAGUUAAGAUUCACACAAAAAAAGGCCACAUUGAUAUUGCAGCACCCAGGUUACUUCACUCAUUAUAUUCUAAAUAACACUUAA